AUGACGUUCGAAAUUUACAUUCCAGAUAAUCUGACCUUCCAGGACUACAUUGCUGUUGUUCAGACAGCAAGAAUCUGGGCAGAUGGUUAUGAUAGAAAGAGUGAAGAGCGCCUCCUUGCCGCUUUAGCACCAGAGGUUUCUGUGGACUACACCUUGAUAGUGCCAGCAUGGGGGAUAAAGCAUUACAAGGCUGCCGAGUUCGCGACACUUUGGCUCUCAGAGGAGCACCUUGGCCUUAAGCCAUUGGUGACGCAACACCUCCUAGCCCAGCCAUAUUUCAAGAAGGUCGCCACCGAUGAGAUUGUGGUGGAGUGGCAACAGCUGGCGAGUCACGGGCGACUACAAGACGAUGGUGACGCCGCGAGAGAUGCGUCUGCUUCAAGGAUCAACGAGACCAGUGAUGGGAGGAGUCAUAUGCAGCAUCAAUUUGUCAAAGUUGGUGGUCUCUGGAAGAUCGCGACAAUCACACCAUCUCUGCUUUAUCAGACCGGGGACUUUAUGCGUAUCAGAAGACCGGUGGGGAAGCCAUGA